UCUCAACAAACUUGAAGAAAGAGUAUCUUUGUUGUGUCUGGUCAUUUUACUGUCUUAUUUUAUUUUUUGUAAGUCUUUUAAAGUAAUUGGAUAUAUCAGACACUCUUCAAACGAUCACUAUUACCAAAAUUGCGCUCCAAAGUUGCCAGGUCACUCUUUAUGUACCCCCGUAAUGAACAAGAUACCGUUAACAAGGUUGCUAGCAAGGCAAUAAUGGUAAUAUCGUCAAACAUAGUUGACACAUACCAACCACAACUAUUAAGGAUGAUAACAACACAUCCAAUGCCCAAACCAGCAAUAAUGGUACCAGCGCAAUCCCAUUUACACGACGCCAUCCCAGUUUCAACCGUGAUCGUCAUGCCAAACCUUCUUUGGGGAUCAACAAGAAUUCUUCUGGUAACACAAAGAACAGAUACGAAUGCGCUAUACACCGUUGGGGAAACCACUCAACCGACCAGUGUAAGAAUUACAAAGAAAUAAUGACACAACAAUGUCAAAAACAACCAGAUUUUACGGAUAUCUCCACUGCUGCCACAGAACCACCAAACCCCAGUAGCACCUUCCGAAGUAAAAAUAUAUGCUUCAACUGUUCCGCCAACGUUCCCUGGUCUCUAGAACACGCAACUAAAUGCACUCGUGAUAAGCAACAGCAACAUCGCAUGAUCAACAAACAAGUUCUCUCGUAUCAACAUUCCACACGUGCAAUACGCUCUGCAAAAUUUAUCAACGAUUCAACACAGAUGCAAUCAAAAAACGCAUCUAACAAGUCGCCACAGAGCAACAUUCACAACGAUCAAACGGAAUUUAAUAUAAACGAAAACACUUAUCCACCUGACUACAAGAGGAAUCAACACACAGGUACUGCUUGAUACUGGUUCUUCAUUUAGCUGUAUAGACAUAAGAUUUGUUCGCACAUAUGACAUUACACUUAAUAAAGCAUCAGCAGGGCCUGUUUCGCUUGCUACUGCUAGCAGUAGUGCAGUGACUCAUGGAACCACUUUUACUUGAAUGUAAUUUCCCCUAACGUAUCAAGCAUUACUGCAUAAUAGUCGAUAAAGG